UUUUUAUUUAUAAAGUAGUUUAAUCACAAAGGCAAACAGAGUUUGCCGUGUUUUAUUUUUUUCUUAAUAAAAAAAUAGUAAAAAUGGAAGAAAAUUGGCAAGAUACGGACGAAGAUUGGCGGGACUCGCCCUUUUUUGUCGUUCUCUACGAGUAUGCUGUAAAGAAUGCCGGCAUACCUUCGGAUAUGGGAACACUAAUCGCCUAUGUACUGCUCUUUUUCGUCACUUGGUACGUAGUGGUCUGGGCGGCACGCUUCAUUCUGUCGCUCAUCUGGCCUGUGGUCUUCUGUGUAUCGGCGGUAUUCCUGUUUCGUUUUCUGCGCUCAUAUGACCAGGAAGAUCUGCUGGACAUGUUGUUCCAGGGCAUAACCCUGAUUGCGGAUAAAAUAGUUUUGAUUUUGUCACAGGUACUAGGGUUUGUUUUAGGCUUUUUGCGCUGAUGUAUAACAAUUGUAAGCAUUCCAAAUUCUUAUAGAUGCGUUAGGUUAUUGUCAUUUAUUUAUUGUAAAUAUUUGCUCAAAAUUUAAAAUAUUUAAAACUGUAAAUAUAUUUUGCCCUACUAAAGGGUUUGUUAUGGUAUUUUGUGUUGGAAUAAUAUUUUGGUCGCUCUACGCUAGAUAUGGUCACACUAGAAGCCCGGCAAAGCCUGAUAGUUUUAUUAACAUUAAGUAGCAAACUGUUUUGAAAAAGAGAUUUUUUUAUGGUGCCUUGAAACCGUCGUCGAUCCGCAUCGCUUGGACAAAUUUAGCGACACUUGUAGCAGCAUAUAAAAUUCUUUUCUUGUAGAAUGCCAAUCAUACGCUUGGAGUCUUCCGAUAAGGAAAUUUUUGACACAGACAUUGAAAUCGCCAAAUGUUCGGAAACUAUUAAAACUGCACUCGAAGAUUUGGGCGAUGAAAGCGAUAAUAGUGUGUUACCUCUGCCGAAUGUGAACUCGGCUAUUCUACGCAAGGUGCUCCAUUGGGCUACCUAUCACGCCCAGGACGAUCCACAGCAGCCGCAGGAGGAUGAAAAUAAAGAGAAACGCACCGACGACAUUUCAUCUUGGGAUGCUGAUUUCCUAAAAGUCGACCAGGGUACCUUAUUCGAGCUUAUUUUGGCGGCCAAUUAUUUAAACAUCCAAGGACUACUGGAUGUUACCUGCAAAACCUGCGCCAAUAUGAUCAAAGGUAAAUCGCUUCAGGACAUACGCGAGACAUUUGCCAUAGCCAACGACUUUUCCCCAUCAGAGGAGGAGCAGGUGCGCAAAGAGAAUGAAUGGUGCGAAGAGAAGUAAAAGUAGAAAGUGGUCAAUAUACGAUUAAGUUGAUUGUAUGACUGUG